AUGACAAUUAACGAUGAGUAUCCUGUUCAAAAAGACACUGCCUCCUUACUACGUAAUAACUUCUUUCGUAAAUACGGUGCCACGGAUUCUAAAAAACAUGUGAUAGAAGAAAUUGUCUUGAAGCAACAACCUUUACGUGACGUUCAACUCGACGGUCAACUCGAGUGUGGUGAACAAGAUUCUAUAGUUCCCACAUCGAAUUGUCCCUCGAAGUGUACCAUUUCAGAGUCUUAUUCCCCUGCUGCUUUGGUUGUCAAGAACGACGGAAGUACUGCACGUGAUAAUUUCGCACUUGAAAGAACCUUUCUGUCAUGGUUACGUCUAAGCGCGGCCCUAGUUCUAACGGGUCUUUCAUUUUAUUCACGUUUACCAUUAAUUCCUCAAUCUACUAUACCCUUUCUCGAAGAUCCACAUCCAACGGGACUCUUACUUAUAUUUUCAGGUUUUUUUAUUCUUAUAUGGGCCGUUAUAAAUUACUUCCAAUUUCAAAAAAUGUUAAAAGAGAAAAUUGCUGUUGUUGAGAAUGGAAAAUUUAAUUUUUUGUUUUCUAGAGACUGCAAAGAUAAUGAAAGUACACCACCUAAUAUGUCUCAGUUAGGCCAAUUUAGGCGUUCCAAAUCUUCUUCCAUAUUGGAACUUUUUAGAGACUGCAAAGAUAAUGAAAGCACACCACCCAAAAUGCCUGAGUUAGGUCAGUUUAGGCGUGCUAAAUCUUUUUCUAUAUUAGAACUUUUUAAAGACUGCAAAGAUAAAGAAAAUACUCCACCAAAAAUGCCUAAUACUCCUCCUAGAACGUUAAAAUAUUCUUCCCCAUCUCAUUCACCUUUGUCUGAUCAAAGCGAAAGUCCACUUACCAGUCCAUUAAAACGUAUGGCUGAAUCUCCAAUUACCCAUUAUUUCAAACGAGUUGAUAUCUCAAAAACCGUGAUUGAAAUUUCCAUCUCUGAUGAGAGCAUAACGUUGGUUUCUCCAUCUUCGAAAUUGUCACCUUUAAAAAAAGUAACCGUAUCUGCUGCUGUCGGUCUUCGUCGCGUUUCAAAAUCUCAUGUAACUCCUCCUACCAAAAGUGGAAUUAAUGGGUAUUUUCAUAAGAUGAAAGGAAAACAUAAAAAGGUUUCAAGGUAUAUUACUGAGGAUAAACUUCGUGAUGUAUCUCCAGAAAUUAGAAAAGAAAAAGUAUCCUCUGUCGGUUUUCGUCACGUUUCCAAAACUCAUGUGACUCCUCCUACCAAAAUCGGAAUUAAUGGUUAUUUUCAUAAGAUGAAAGGAAAACAUAAAAAAGUUUCAAGGUAUAUUACUGAAGAUAAAUUGCAUGACGUAUCUCCAGAAACUCUCCGUGUCUUUGCAGCUGCUCGUGGUGGUGAUAACUCGUUACUCCAAGAGUAUACUAUGGAAAAU